CGCCUCCACCACCACUUCCAGUACGUGUACUUCAGGAUGGGGCUCCAGCAGAAGGAGAUGGUGAAGGCCUGUCUUUUCCGAAUGCCCUUUGCCGAGCUCAGGAACCGGCACAUCUUCCUGGAGCGCCGGGGGCUCUACCGGACCCCGUACAAAGGCCAGACCCAAACCAGUAACCCGAAACUGAAGGACAUCCUUCAGCUCCCAGAAAAAGACUUCCUGGCCAGCCUGGCCCACGCCACCCCAGAGGAGUACGAGGUCUUCAAGAAGCUGCUGGCUCGAGAGGAGGAGGAAGCAGAGGAGGAGGAGGAAGAAGAGGACAGGGAUGCACUAUACGCAGAGGAAAAUGAAGACUUGGACAGUGAAGGAAGUAAAACAGCCCGGGAGUGAAGAGGUGAGGCUCCAAGGUACCCGAGCUCUCCCCAUGCUGGCGCAGUCCCUGGCCCCACUGUACUCAUGGGUGCCCUGGGCCCCCACCCCACACAGGCAUGAGCUGUGGUGGCUGCAGGAUCUGCUGUCUUUCUGGCUGCAGGGCUUCAUGUGCAGGGCCCUGCUGAGGGGCAGCAAUAAAUCCCAUAUAUCAGAAUACAACAAUAACCCUCUUUCCUCCUCAUUGACCAACUACUUUAAAAAAUAUCCAGUUUCCAUGAAGUGUUUUUAUUUAAAAAAAAAAAAAUCAAACCAAAAUAACUAAUUUAUUUCCAAGGCUAGGUUAAAACCUUCUGGCUGCAUUACAUAUUGUGCUGGCUGUGGGGCAGGAGGAGGCAGGCUGCUGUGCCAGCUCACAGCAGGGCCAUGCUGUGAGCAUGGACAGGCCCUGUGGCAGCGCUGGCGGGACCCAGGGGCUGUGCUGAAACGGGACUGUCCCGGGGCGGGGCCGCCUCCACCUUCACAGCCCAUGUCGGCGCUGGUCUUGUGGCUGACAAGGCAGGGAUGUAGCACUUUCUGACCACAGCUCCAAAACCUCCCCUCCCUUGUGGAUAGCAGAGGCUCUUCUGGCUUUCCCCUUGCCCUGCUCUUCCAGGCAAGGGUUGGCUUCUUCUCAUGCCCUGGGGAGGCAGGACUUCUGUGCUUGCCUUGCAGCAGGGAGGCUAGAGCAGGAUCAGGCAGCCUUGGAAGAAAAUGAGGCAUGUCCAUCUCUGACUCGAUUCUCCUCUGGGAGCAGAGCUAGAGUCAGUGCAGGAGGGGAGCAUCACAUUGUCCCUGCUGCUCCCAGGCUGCUGCCAGAUGCCUUGGCAGCCGCUCCUCCAGGCUGAGUGCUCUUACACUGCUGCCAGGAGGGAGAGGGUGGUGCCAGGAGUGCCGAAACUCAUGGGCCUGUUCCACUUCGAGAGCAUCUUCUGGGCUGCAGCUCAACACGCGUGGCUGAACAGCAAAGUGCCCUGCAGUGUUCGUGGGAGGGGAGGGCUGCCCCACCAGGAUACCCCCCACGCUGCUCGGGAGAUAACACUCUAUACCAAAACUACGAUAUAUCUCUGGUAUGUAUUAAUUUAUAAUAUACACUGUGUACAUUAAUACACAAAUCUAUGUUUAACUAGUGUUGUCAUACAAACUCACAAA